UAGGUCUUUAACUAUACACAGUUGUUAACUUGUUAUCGUGUUUCUCUUUUGAGAUCAGAAAUUGAAUGGAACCCUAAUAGAAAAAUACGAGGGAGUGAGGUUUGAAGCAGUAUCUGUCUCAAAAUCUGAGUUACUCAGUACCAAAGCUCAGGUAACAUCAUUUUCCUUCAAUCCUCUGCCUUGUCAAUUUUCAGGAAUUUUCUUCGAUUGGAAAAGCUUAGUUUUUUUUUUUUUUUUUUUUUUUCCGUCAUCACCAUGUUGAAUAAACUUCUGUACUUGAAAUGUGUCACUUCCACAGCAACAUUGUGUUACCCUUUUAUCCACCACUACCCAUUCGUCUUUUCUCUUCGUUUUAGCACAGCCACUUCAAAUUCACGCCCAUUUGCAGUAUCCUACCUCAUUGACAACUUUGGGUUCUCCCCUGAGUCUGCUUCCAAAACAUCUAACUCCUACUGUAUUUCUUUCCAGACCCCAGAAAAACCCGAGACGGUGAUCAGGUUUUUCAGAAACCACGGUUUCUCUAAUAUCCAAAUAAACUAUAUGGUUAGAAAGGCACCAUGGUUGCUUUCUUGUGACCCCUCCAAAAGGGUAUUGCCAAAGUUUGAAUUUUUUCUCUCAAAGGGUGUUUCUAGCUCUGAAAUUGUUAACCUAGUGAGUAAGUACCCUAGAUUUCUGCGUCCAAGCCUGAAGAAUCAUAUACUCCCUACCUAUGAAUUGAUAUAUAAGUUCUUGCAAUCACAUGUGAAGACUACUCGUUGUAUGUUUGGUAAUUCAUUUUUCUCUCGCGGGGAUCGUCUGGCACGCAACAUCAGAUUGCUGCUAGAGAAUGAAGUGAGAGAAUCGAACAUUGCAAGAUUGCUUGGGAACCAUAGUAAGGAGGUGUUCGCCUCAAAUGAUAUAGUUAAGUUGGUGAAGGAAGUAAAGGAUUUGGGGUUUGAUCCUUCAAAAGCAAUUUUUGUUGUAGCGAUGAUUGCCAUAAAAAGGACGAGUCCUUCCCUGUGGAAGGAGAAAGUUGAUACCUUCAAGAAAUGGGGUUGGUCUGAUGAAGCCUUGUCUGAAGCAUUUAGGAGGCACCCUCACUGUAUGUUGACAUCCAUCAAAAAAAUAAAUGUUUUGAUGAAUCUCUGGGUCAAUGAGUUGGGCAGGGAUGCUUUGGAACUCGUCCAAGGUCCAAAGAUUUUCGGGUUGAGUAUGGAAAAGAGAAUCAUUCCAAGGGCUCGUGUUGUCCAACAUUUACUUGCUAAAGGUUUGAGGAAAAGCAGUGCCAGCUUUAUUACCCCGAUUUGUGUUUCUGAAAAGGUGUUUCUUGAGAGGUUUGUGGCAUGUUUUAAGGAGGAAUCAUGUGAACUAUUAAAGCUGUACCAGGAAAAUGUUAGUGUUCAAGGAUAAGAGGAGGUUGGUGCAGCAUGGAGCAGUUCUCAAAUUGUUAACUCAUGACUACAAAUUUCUCUGGUUCAAGCUUGCUGUCCAAGUUCAACUACUUGGUGGGUUAUAAAUGAUUGAAGCAGGAGAAGCUUAGCACAAAUUCUUUACAAUAGUAACAUUCCAUGUUUUUGCGUAACCUAGCAUACAAUAGCAUGUUUUGUUGUUCCCUUUGUUAGAAAGAUGCAUUUGCCAUCCGUGUAUUUUGAGUAUGGACUGCCAUGGAUCUUUUAGCUACUAGUUUUUAUUGAUCUCCUUUUUAGGUUUGGCUUGUCGCCAGAAAUUUUCUAACUUUUUGGUUAAGGGGGCUUAUUGAUGAAAGCUCCUUGUAAUUUAAAAAAAAUCUGGGUCCAUUAUUCGUUUUUCCUUGUUAGGGCAAUUCAACAAUGUAUCUCAGACAGUUAGCAGGGGAAUAUAUUGAAUGACAGCUUCUGAA